CUGGUCGCACUAAAAACGCGUUGCCAGCUGUUUGGAUGCCGCAUUUUUUUGUUAAGACCGUGAAUUUUUUUAUUUUUGAUCAUGUCGGAGGCAGCUGAAAAGUGUCAUUUCUGCCAUGCAGUGCCAUUCAAGUACAGCUGCCCCAAGUGCAAUGCGCUGUACUGCAGUGUUGCCUGCUACAAGUCGCAGACACAUCUCAAAUGCUCCGAGGAGUUCUACAAAUCCUGCAUACAGGACGAGCUAGCCGGUGCGACUACGGCGCCCGAAAGCCAACAGGACAUGAGAAAGAUCUACGACAUAUUGAAGCGUAUGCGGGAAACGGACGCUGGCUUCAAUCCCAAGGACUUUGACGCAGACGGACUGGACAACCCGCUGGGAUCGGACAAUGAGGAAGGACAAGAAGAUGAUGAUGAUGAGGAAGAACCUGGCGAUGAAACAGAAGAAGCAUUUGAAGAGGAAGUGGAGGAGGACAUUGCUGCGCGCCUGAAGGGCAUCGACAUCAACGACGCUGAUGAGGUUUGGAGCCGCCUAACACAGGAAGAACAAGGCGAGUUCCAGAAGCUAAUUGCCAGCGGGGACAUCAUGAAGCUCAUGCCGGACUACAAACCCUGGUGGGGCAAGGCGAAGAACUCUAAGAUUGUGGAAAUUCCUGCACCAGGAGAAGCCAAAAAAACAGACGACUCCAUACCCGAAAUCCAAGAGAAUAUACCAAAGUUCUCGGAUAUUUGCCAGAAGACGCCGUCGCCCUCUCUGCACUACAACCUGUGGAACAUCUUGAGCGCGUAUGCGUGCGUGACCCGCUUCUACGCCGGCGAGCAUCAAACCAACGCUAGCGAGGCUGCCGCACAUCUAGUGAAUCUCAGCGCUACCCUCAAGUACGGCACCAACUUCGAGGACGCUGAAGACGCCAUUAUCUCGGUGGAAAUGGAGGCCAUCACUACGGGCAACGGCCCAGCGGGCGCUGCGGCAGUGGGUAGUGCCGGUGUGGGCACAAACUUCUUCGUCGAGAGCAGGGAACAGUUGAAGCAGGAUGCCCGCCAGCUCAUGGGCACGCGGGACCACAAACUGGCCGCCCUGAGCGACAUCCUCCGCCUGCUGGAGCAAUGCAAGGCGCUGAUCAACCGGAAGGCUUCGCAGGAGGCCGGGUUCCAGAAACUGUUUGCCCUUGCCAGCGGCAGCGUGGAGCUGAAUCGAAGCAAAGUGUCGCAGUUGGCGAAGAAAAUCAAGUUCUUGCUUUCGUAUGUCAUGAGGGAAGAGGUCCUCUGAAAUAUAAGUCAAAAUACACAUACACAUUCAUAUUCAUA